ACAUUUUUAAUACAUUUUAUCAUUUAGAAUAUUGUAAAAUGUUAGUUUUUUAAUGGUCCGGGCCAUUUUUUUGUGCUAUGGGUGAAGCUAGCAAGCUUAACAAACCACCGCCUGGAUUUCCAGAAGGUGAUGACGUCCCACCGGACGCUUACCUUCACAUGAUAGUCAGCAAGAAAUAUAACAUCCAGCCACCUCCUCCUGACGAUAUCAAAGAGGACGAUAUUGAAGAAGGAUCCGACUUGAGCUACGCCCAGGUGAGCUUCCGUGACUGCACUCAUCUGGGCUGCCGCUGUACAGAUAUAGUCUUCUUGAUCUUUUUCCUACUCUUCCUCGCUACCGUGCUCGGACUCGCUUUGUAUUUGUGGAGGAAUUCCAUGGUUUCUAUCAACGACCACGGCGAGAAGUGCAAGGUUAUGUGUUAUAUACUGGAAAUACCUAAAACUUAUGACUCAAAGGAACCUUUUAAAUGCUCAACAACAGACAAAUAUGAGGUAAAAGCCAGAGUCGAGGAUAAAUUCGUCAUUGAAGACUUUGGCCCGCUCAAACCUUGCUUGAAAGACUGCAAGAGUUAUUAUACCUUGGAGUCGUUCGGCCACAACUGCGUCGAUCAGGCUGGAAACGCCACCAUCUCUCAUCAGGCCCAAGAAAUCAAAUUAGACAGCAAAAUUUCAGAAUUGUCGUUUCUUGGAGAAAGGAUUGUCGUAUUUUUGAUAGUGCUCGGAGUGCCUAUCGCCCUGUCGCUUGUAGUGAUCUUUAUGUAUUACACCUUCAACAUAUUAUUUUUCAUGAUGCUCAUAGUCGUUUCUGGGAUUUCUGUCUUUAUGACAUGCGGAUUCGUGGUGUUCUUGUUAAUCAAACAGGCAGGGAUGGUGUCAGAAAACGAAGAUCCAUAUCCAUCGAUGUCAGUAUUAUUUACUGCUGGAUGGGUUUUGUUCACUAUAUAUUGGGUGUUCCUUCUUUUGACAUCAGUGGGAAAGAAACAGCAUAAAACCAUCGCACUGAUGAGAUUCGCAGCUGCUGCGACGAGAUGCCAAUUGGUCGCAUACGUCUUAGUCUCAUUUCUUGCAUUGACGGUAAUAUACAUAUUGCUGAUCUUGCUGUCCGGUGCGAUUGAGACGAACGGGAAGUUAAUUUUCGAGAAGAAAACCAUAUCAUAUGAAAGCAGCAAUGCGAAAGAUGUUGCGAGGGGACUUUUGAUAUUCACAUACUGGUGGACGAACCACUUAGUCAUUGCGUGUCAGCACCUGGUUAUCGCAAGAGUCGUUGCCUUGAAAAGCCUCUACGGGAGGACGACUGGGAUAUGUUCGGCGAAUGCGAAUCUCAUGCAGUUCCACCUCGGUACAGCUUGCAUGGCGUCGUUUAUAUUCUCGUCGUUCAGCUUUCUUAAAGACAUAUACGAGGCGUUCCUUCGAAUGGGCUCGGUCGACUGUCAUCCCUUUACGCCCACCGAAUACGACAUGGACUAUCCCAGGGGUGGUAACUGUUUUAAGCCGAUAUCAAGAGUCUCAUACAUACCUGUCUGUCUGUUCUGUGAACAUCUGAUACCUGGAGGAAGAAAGGCGACGUACUUAUUUCUCCAGAGGCACUUGAUUAACUGGCGCGCUUGCAAACAUUUCUUAAUCAUGGUUCAUGCCUUCCUUCUCGCGUCUACGACAAUAAUAUUUAUCCAGUUGUCUAUAGAACACAGCAAUAACAAAUUGGAGAGCAUGAUGUAUUCUCUGAGUCUGUCGACAAUCCAUAUUUAUUUUAUCGCUCAGGCUGCUGUUGGACUGAUAAGAAUGGUUAUCGAUACGUUGUUCUUCAGCUACUGUUACGACUUGUCUUUAAACAACGGAAAAGAAAGACCUUACAUUACAAACCCUGCUUUCAUGGAAUUUGUGAAAGACAUCCCAUGGAUAAGGCCGAGGAAGGCUAAAGUCAAGUUACUCAGAGAGAAAAAAAUAUAUAAAAAGGAGGAAAAGCCUGUAGUGGACGAGGCCAGUAAGCAGAAGGAGAAGAAACCCAAGGAAGAGAAACAGGAGCAAUACGUAAAAGACGACGCCAAACCCGAAGAGCCAGACGAAGAAGAAGAAAAAGGCGAUACAAAGAAAAAAGGGACAAAAAGAAAAGGCGAAAAGGGGAAAAAGAAACAUAGCGAGAAAGGUAAAAAGGAUAAAGGGAAAAAGGAGAAAGGGAAAAAGGAGAAAGGGAAAAAGACAAAAAAAGACAAAAAAAGCGAGAAGGGCGAGGAAGAAAAGGGCGAACCGAGUGAAAAGGGUGAAAUGGACGAACCGACCGAAAAGGUCAAAAAGAAAGAAAAGGGCGGCAAAACAAAAAAGGGGAAAAAGAAAGGUAAAAAAGGAGGUAAAGGGAAAAAAGGUGGUAAAAGCAAAAAAGGUAAAAAAAAUAAAGUAGCACCGGAAUAAUUUACCAAGACGAGCCAAGACUCAAUGCCUCAAGAUUCCUAGAUACUUCUAAGGUAUUGAAAACUUGAGAAAUAACUGCUAACAUGCAGACACAAAAUGCAUCGAGCAUGAACAUGCCACAGCGGAGUUUUGAAAAAAGAUCCUGCUAAAAUCUAAUUUUACAAUCAAAAUGUAACAUUUCGCCAUAUUUGGCACAACAUGACAGUCAAUGUCAAUCUCGAUUUAUACGAUGAUUUGUUUGAAAAUAACAAAAUACUAAUUUUAAUUAAACAACUGAGAACAGGUUGUUAAUAACAUGUUAAUAAGUAAUAUGAAAUCCUAAAUUUUGGGAACAUCGGACGAACUUUUUAGGGGAAAAAAUAACCCAUUGGAUUAGCAGGCAAUGUUUAACAUAAAUAAAAUAAAGUAAGAAAAAAAUGGUAAAAUAUAUAUUUU